AUGAAAACCUCGGAAAGCCUCUUUGGAGCCACACAGCACAUUUCUGUGCCGGACGUGAAGAAAAACGACACGUUUUUGGACACUGCUGUGGAAGUAGACUCUUUUGUGGAGACAAACGACGACGGAAACACCGUGCGGCAUAAUGCAAUCGUCCCAGAGAACAUGGAAUACACCCCCCUCGCAAGCACGCAUUUCCCCAUACAGUGCGAGUAUCCGUUUAAGCUCGAUAAGUUCCAGGUGCUUGCCCUGCAGUGCCUCGAGAGAGACGAAAGCCUCUUGGUAAGCGCCCACACAAGCGCGGGGAAGACUCUUAUAGCAGAGUACGCAAUACACCUGUCGAUCCAGAAAAAGCAGAGGGUCAUUUACACCUCCCCCAUAAAGGCCCUCUCAAACCAGAAGUACAGAGAGCUGAACGAAAAAUUCGGAGAUGUUGGGCUCAUGACAGGAGAUGUCACGCUAAACCCAGACAGCACCUGCAUCGUCAUGACAACGGAAAUCCUCCGGAACAUGAUUUACAAGGGCACAGAAAUCCUCCGGGAGACACACUUUGUCGUUUUUGACGAGGUCCACUACAUGAGAGACCGCGAGAGAGGAGUCGUCUGGGAGGAGACAAUCAUCCUCCUUCCCUCCACGACCCGCUUCAUCUUCCUCAGCGCAACAAUCCCCAACGCAGAGGAGUUUGCGCGGUGGAUUGUCUCGAUACACAGGCAGCCCUGCCACGUCAUAUACACCGAGAAAAGACCCACCCCCCUCGAGCACUACAUAUACGCAAAUGCCCCGGGGAGAAAGUCUUCCAUCGUGAAAAAGACAGACCAGCUCAGGAAAGUCAGCGACCAGAUCUCCCUUGUCGUCGAUAAGGCCGGGACCUUCCAGACCAGAAGCAUGGCCCUCGUGCAGAAGAACCCUGGAAGCAAGGGCGGGUACGGCCGCAGGAGAGAGCAGAUAGACGUCGUGGAUAUUUUGCAGAUACUGAAGCAGACGAAUAACCUCCCCACAAUAAUUUUCUCCUUCAGAAGGAAAGAGUGCGAGCAGUACGCAAAAACAGCGGAGGGAGAGUUUGACUUUGCCUCGGAGGAGGAAAAGAACAUGAUCGACACAAUUUUCAAUAACGCACUGAACACCCUGCGGGAGGAGGACAGGAAGCUCCCGCAGAUACUUGGGCUGAAGGCCCUUUUGAUGCGCGGAAUUGGCGUGCACCACUCCGGGCUCAUGCCCAUCGUCAAGGAAAUCAUCGAAAUCCUCUUCCAGGAAAACCUUCUCAAAGUCCUCUUUGCAACUGAGACGUUCUCCAUUGGGCUGAACAUGCCUGCAAAGUCUGUCGUGUUCACGAGCAUCAAGAAGUUCGACGGAGUGCAGACGCGGUUUAUCACCAGCGGAGAGUACAUCCAGAUGAGCGGCCGUGCAGGAAGAAGAGGCACGGACAAGAUCGGAAACGUCGUUCUCGCGCUGGAGUCGGGCCUGGCCAUAAGCGAGAAGGAAAUAAAGAAGGUCCUGCACGGGCCGUCUAAUACCCUGGACAGCGCAUUCAGGCUCUCGUACAACACGAUUCUGAACAUCCUCAGACUCGACGGAGUAGAUGAAGACUACGUGAUAAAGCACUCUUUCCUGCAGUUCAGAUGCGAAAUGCGGGGGAAGGCCCUGUACCUGCAGCUGCUCCAGUGCCUGGCUGAGUACGAGAGAGAGACAAAGGAGUACGCAGACGCGAGCAGAAACGUCCAGGACCUCGAGCAGAUCGAGAAGUACUUUGAAAUCCGCCAGCAGGAGGCAGAGUGCGCGCACGAGCUGCUGCCAGCAGCAGUAUGCAACCGGCUGCUCCUCCCAGGGCGCAUCGUAGAGGUGGAAGUCUCCCCUAGGAAAACGAGGAAAGUCUCCGAGAAGCUCGAGGUGGAGUACUCGGACGUGCUGCUAGGAGAGAAGAAAGUGCUCGCUGUGGUCAUGGAGAAGGGCGCAGAGAAUGUCUCCGUGAUGACAGAGGAUGAAAUUGUCCGGGAGGUCUCGCUGCAGGAGGUUAAGCGCAUCGCAAAGACUUCGGUCGAGAUGAAGGCAAAGAAGGCAACGGCAAAGUUCUUCAGAGAGUUCUUCAGCGAGACAAAGAGAAAGAACAAGAAGCUCGAGCAGAGCCUCUCUUUCUACAGCGCACCAGAACUGGGAGUGGCAGGAGAAGUCUCCCAGAUGAAGGACCGCCUGGAGGAGGCUGCGGAUAGGCUGUACGAUCAGUACGUGCGCCCGCUGAAUCCCCUCGAGAAGGACAGAGUUUUCAAGCUUAUAGAGUCCCUCUCAUACAGAAGCGCGCUCAGGGCAAAGAUCGAGACACUCGCACAGCAGAAGGAGCAGACCCGCCUGAUCAUGAUAGACGAGUACAAUAAUAAGCGGAGAAUCCUGCAGGGACUCUCCUACCUCUCGGAGCAGGAGGUCCUUAUAAAGGGGAAAGUCGCAAGUGAAAUCAGCAGCGGAGACGAACUGCUCCUCACGGAAAUGCUUUUUAAUAACGAGUUCAGCAAACUCUCCCCCGGAAGAAUAUGCUCGCUUCUCAGCUGCGUCGUCUUUGACGAUAAGUCCGAUAAGAUCACGCUCACGCCAGCGUCGGAGAAGGCCCUGAAAAUACUCACCCAGACGGUGGAGAGACUCUCCAUGGAGUUUGAGCGGCUCGACACAGGAUUCAAGGCCAAGGAGUACGCAGAGAAGUUCUGCUCGAACCUCAUGGACGUCGUUUACAGGUGGACGGAGGGAUACAGCUUCGCAGAUAUAUGCGAAACCACAGAGGUCUUUGAGGGAAGCAUCAUCCGGUGCUUCAGGCGGCUGGAGGAGGUGCUCAAGGAAAUGGCUCGGGCCUCAAAGGUCAUUGGGAACGUGGAGAUGGAGAAUAAGUUUUCGGCUGCGAUAUCCCUCGUGAAAAGAGAUAUUGUGUUUGCAAACUCGCUAUACCUAUAA